AUGGCCAAAAGAAGACAGAAGAAAAGAACACAUGCUGUAGUCACCCCGGAACAGACCCAAGGUAUCCCAAAAUCCAUGGUCAUCAGGGUUGGUCAAACCUCGCUGUCCAACCAUUCUUUGAACCAGCUGGUCAAGGACUUCCGUCAAAUCAUGCAGCCACAUACAGCUAUUAAAUUGAAAGAAAGGAAAUCUAAUAAAUUGAAGGAUUUCAUUGUUAUGAGUGGCCCUCUCGGUGUUUCUCAUUUGUUCAUGUUUACGCAAUCAGAAAAGACAGGUAACGUUUCGUUGAAGAUCGCUAGAACUCCUCAUGGUCCUACUAUCUCGUUUCAAGUGCUAGAUUACUCAUUAGGAAAGGAUAUUAAGAAGUUUUUGAAAAGACCAAAGUCAUUAAAGGCGUCGGAUGUGUUAGAUCCACCAUUGUUAGUAUUAAACGGUUUUACAAAUAUUAAAAAUAAAAACAAGACCUCUGAUGAUAAUGAGGAUAUUACUAAUGAAAAUGUCGAGAAGGUUGUAGUAUCAAUGUUCCAAAAUAUCCUCCCACCUUUAAACCCAUCCAGAAUUCAAUUGAGUUCGAUUAAGAGAGUAUUUUUGAUUAACAGAGAUCAAGCUACUGGAGAGAUCUCUAUGCGUCAUUACUUUAUUGAUAUUAGAGAAGUUGAUAUUUCAAAGAACUUGAAGAGACUUUAUAAAGCUAAAAAUAACAUACAUAAAUCCAUACCAAAUUUGCAUAGAAAAGAAGAUAUCUCUUCAUUGAUAUUAGAUCAUGAUCUCGGAGCAUAUACAUCGGAAUCGGAAAUCGAAGAUGAUUCAAUUGUUAAAGUUAUAGAUCAAAAUAGAAUAUCAACACAAAACCUAGCAAAAGCUAACAAGAAGCAAAAGAAUGACGAGAAUGAUGCGGAAGAGGAAGCUGAGGAUGAAAAUAUUGAAGAUAAUAUAAAACAAGCUUUCCAUCAAAACAUCCCAACUCCAAAGAAGAAAGCUGUCAAAUUGACAGAAGUUGGCCCUAGAUUGACCUUAAAAUUAGUUAAAAUUGAAGAAGGAAUUUGUUCAGGGAAAGUCCUGCAUCAUGAGUAUGUCAGAAAGACUAGUGCUGAAAUUAAGCUAUUGGAGAAGAGACAUGCAGAAAAGAUGAGAUUAAAGGAACAAAGAAGAAGUGAACAAGAGAAAAACAUUGAAAGGAAGAAAUCCGUUAAGGAAGCUAAGAAGCAGCGUAAACUUGCCAGAAGAGAACAAAGAAAACUAGACGAACAAAAUGGAGAGACAAACAUGCAUCAAGAUAGUGAAAGUGAUAAUGGUAGUGACAGUGAAGAUGAUGAGAAUAAUUACCAAGACGUUCCUGAAGAUAUCGAUAGUGACUUAUUUAGCGAAGUUGAAGAGUAA